AUGCAUGGCAACAGAAUAACUCCAGACCCCAGGGAUAGGGAGCUCCAGGUUUUCUCAACAGCAAAGACAGCAAUACCAACCUCCACGGUGGGGCAACUUGCUAAUCUAUUGUCUGAGAGGGUUCCAGGAACUCUCCUUGCUGAUACUGAAAGAAAUAAAAACAUAAUAAUAAAUGCAGUGUCUUUGAGAAGUGGGCAUGUAUUGAAGGACCCCAUUGAAAAACAAAAAUAUGAGUUGAUUGAAGGACAUGUAAAGAUUGCAGAGGAGCAGAAAAAUAGAAACAAUCAAGAAGGUGAAGUGAGGGUAGAUCCAGAUGAUGGUCUGAAGAAGAAAGGGAUGACUAUAACUCUGAAAAAGAAGAAGGAUGGGAAUUCAAUGAAUGAUGAGACUGAAGAGAAUGUGCUCAAGCAGGUGCAUGUUAAUCUACCUUUCACAAAGGUGCUCUCGCAGAUGCUAGCCUAUGCUGAGUUCCUGAAGGAGAUGUUGUCCAACAAGCAUAAAGUGGACGAGACAUCAGUUGUCAAGCUCACAGAGAAAUCAGAGGGAGAUAUUGGAGAAGCCAGAUCUAUACCUGUAUCUUUGCAGCUGGCGGCUCAGACCACGAUCAUACUAGAAGGAAUAGUGGAAGAUGUGCUAGUUCGGGUGGUUAAAAUUGUGUUCCCUAUGGACUUCAUCAUGGUGAAUAUGGAAGAGAAUAAGGAGGUCCCUCUGAUUUUAGGGAGACCAUUCUUAGCUACUAGCAGAGCUAUUGCGGACAUUCAGGAGAGCCAACUCAUGCUAAGAAUGGGGGAAAAAAGAGUGGUGUUCAAGAUGAAUGAAUCAAUAGGGACACCUAGAGACAAGUCGACUGCACAGUCUGAAUCCGGAGAGACUUCUGAAGUAAUCCACCUGGCCGUUGAUGCUCAUACUUCACCUGCUGACAAUUUAGGCACCAAACUACAUACUCUACUUUGUCCUUCUUCAUUUUUCUCCACCAAUAAUGCUGCCUCAGGUCCUGAUACAUCUUCGCAGUACCUGGAUAAAUGGAGUACCACGAAUUGUGAACCUCCUGGAGAAUCAACUAACGCAAACCAUCUGAAUUGGGCAGACAUGGCCUGCCCUGUAUCCCUAAUGCACCGUUAUCUCCAAUAG